UGAUGCCUCUUUAAAUCGCCUCUGCUGGCUCCUUGUUUCAGGAAGUGUCAUAGGCAAGCAGCCCCAGCUCCUCGGCUAUGGGAGGCGGAAGUGCCUCCUAGGUAAAUUGGAGCAAAUUGCAAUCGAUCUCCAGCAAGAAGCGGGGUUAAACCCGAUAUUUCCAGUGGGUGGAUGAUAAGGACUCGGAAACUUUCCAAGGAGCUUUGGCAUUACAAAGGGAAUAACCCUCCCCCACCAGCAGCACCGCCAACGGCAGGAUCGGGAUUAUUAUUAUUUUCUUAAAACAUUCUCGUCUCCAAAACCAAAAAGCAUCCGGCCCCCCUACUCCCCGCAAGUCUCUUGCCGCCCCCAUUAUCUGCCUAGGAGCUCGUGUUUUCGGUGCGGUGGGGCGGGGAGGGGGCAGUCCUGCAGUCUGAGCUCGGAGGCAGACUGAGAUGAAAUCAUUUGCGGUGGCCCUAGCAUGGCAUCUCUCAAGAGUUUCGGCCGGGCUGGGCAGAGAGAAGAGGAGGAGAACGGAGACCUGGACCGAUCGCUCCAGCAGAUGCUGCGGGCGAUAGUGGAGGAGAGGAACCGCAUUAACAUCCGCCAGGAGAUCAGCGGGCUGGGUUGUUUCAAAGAUGAUCGCAUUGUGUUCUGGACUUGGAUGUUUUCUACUUAUUUCAUGGAGAAAUUGGCCCCCCGACAGGAUGAUAUGCUCUUCUAUGUCCGCCGAAAGCUAUCCUACGUUAGUGGCGAUAGCACAGAGGGAAAGAAGCAGGUUGAAGUUGAAGUUUACCGUAGGGAUUCUAAGAAGCUUCCUGGCCUGGGUGACCCAGACAUCGAUUGGGAGGAGAGCGUCUAUCUGAACCUCAUCCUGCAGAAGCUGGACUACGUGGUCACCUGUGCUGUGUGCACUCGCUCAGAUGGAGGAGAUAUUCACAUUCACAAAAAGAAAUCUCAGCAAGUAUUUGCAUCUCCAAGCAAACACCCAAUGGACAGCAAAGGAGAGGAAUCAAAGAUCAGCUACCCUAACAUAUUCUUCAUGAUUGAUAACUUUGAAGAGGUGUUCAGUGACAUGACCGUGGGGGAAGGCGAGAUGGUCUGCGUGGAGCUGGUGGCCAGUGACAAAAGCAACACCUUCCAAGGAGUGAUCUUCCAGGGAUCCAUCCGUUAUGAAGCACUCAAGAAGGUCUAUGACAACAGGGUGAGCGUUGCAGCUAAAAUGGCUCAAAGGAUGUCCUUUGGCUUUUAUAAGUACAGCAACAUGGAGUUUGUACGGAUGAAGGGGCCCCAAGGUAAAGGACAUGCAGAGAUGGCAGUGAGUCGAGUUUCAACCGGAGACACUUCUCCAUAUGGAACGGAGGAAGAUUCGAACCCAGGGUCCCCUGUGCAUGAGAGAGUCACUUCCUUCAGCACACCACCGACCCCAGAGCGCAACAAUCGGCCAUCCUUUUUCUCCCCAUCCCUCAAGAGGAAAGUGCCCCGAAAUCGGAUCGCUGAGAUGAAAAAAUCCCACUCGGCAAAUGAUAGCGAGGAAUUCUUUCGAGACGAUGAUGACGGAGAUCUGCAGAAUGCUUCGAAUCUAAGGUCACGGUCCUUAUCUGGAACAGGACGGUCUCUGGUUGGCUCAUGGCUGAAGUUAAACAGAACAGAUGAAAACUUUCUACUCUAUGCACAUUUAACCUAUGUCACUUUGCCACUGCAUCGAAUUUUAACAGAUAUUCUGGAAGUGCGGCAGAAACCAAUUCUGAUGACAUAGCAGAGCGCUGGGCACUGCCUUGGAAUUUUGCUGCCAAGUGCCUAUCCAUGAUGGUUUUCUGUGACAACGCUACCAUCUAGUGUCAGGAACAUAAACCUACACAGAAAAAAAGGGAAGUUAAGAAUACCAGCCAAUCAAAGUGCCUCUCUUUUCCUUCCUCUGCUGUCAUACACCGUCUGCACACAAUAGUAAUACAUCUCUUUAUAGUGUUCUGACUAGAGGACUUUCAAAAACAAAACCAGAAGGGGCUGUGUUUAAAAACAAAAUCAAUGCUUUAUGAACAAUUUGUUACCAUGUUUACUUUAUAACUGAGAAACCAACAUGUACAGAAUGUGUUGAACUUUAUUUUCGUUGAGAGAAACAACUUUAGGAUUUCAUAAUGAUGUACCAAUGAACUUUGUUCAUAGACUCUUGUCCAUGCCCUCCUUGUUAUAAUGGCUUUGUGUGCAUGUGUUUUGGGAUGCAAGGGACAACAGAAUAUUUUACUAGUCAGAAGGGGUAAGGAAAGAGAUGCAACCAAGGUGUGUUGCCGUUGUGGUAUGUGCAGUUGGUCAGGAUGGAGCUAAAAUAAUCCUUUCAAUGCUCUAUUUCUGUUGGUGUGUCGUUCCUGAAUUCCUAAAACAGCUUUAUUCCGUGAUGACCGUUUCCCCAUUUACCAAAGAACAGUGAAGACUUCCUGCUCUAGAAUGGUCUAAGGGAAAGAGCCAACAUAAGAGGGGAAGAAAAUGCUGCUCUAGAAAAUCUGUAGUCCAGUUCCAGUACUGCUGCUGCUAUGAUGUAGGAGUAAACCCAAGUCUUAAUGUAUAGAGCAAUGGGAGAGCAUAACUAGACUCCAAUACAAAACACCUUCAGAUUAUUAUUAUCCUUCUGCACUCGCAGGACUGCAGCGUAACGAGUUCUCCUCCCAGAAGCUUUUGACUGACUCAGCAAUUUCCCUGGAUUCUAUGUUUUAGUUUCUGUGACGAUUCACUGUACUGAGGCACAAAGGGUUUUCUUUAAAGUAUAGUUCUUCUCUGAAAAGUAACUGAAAUGACCUUGUGGGAGGCUUGUAGUUGUGUGCUGUGUUUAGCAGUAAUGCAUGUUUUUCUAAAUAACAGCCCUGUAAACUUCUCUGGGAAUCUGAAAGUUCAAUUGGUAAAUACUCUGCAACCAGAAUUCAGUUAACAAUUCUGAUGGGGGAGCCAGAAUAUAGUAUAGUUCCCUUUCUUAGCACUGCAGAGCCAAUGCAGUAACUAGCAGACUCUAAAAUACACACAGGAAAGAGAUCAGUUGAGAGCGCAGAUGCCAUUCUUAGUUACUUUUCAGGGCUUGUCUGCAUGUAUAAACAAGCCCUCAGAAUAUAACCACCCUAUGCUCCAUGCUGGCACUGCGGUUACCAGCAUGGCAUGUGCUUAAAGCCUAAAUCUUUGGUUUUCCCCUUGACCUUUUCCCAAACUGCUUUGUUGUUAUUCUCUCAGUAGCAUCAGGCGACUUUCAAAUAAAGCUUUUCAGCUUCAUUUCUGCCCAGAAUCCAUGGAAACGGUUCCACUACAGCUUAAAGGUAGACUGUAUCUUUAUUGCUUACCCAGCAUGAUGGCUCCAUCUGGUAAGAAGUACUUGUCAGUCUGUUUAUAGUUACACUUUAAACCUAAAUUAGAAUAUGCAUUAUUGGAGCCUAAGGCUGGAAGAAGUCAACUUAAUGCAAAGUGAUGGUAUUUCUAACACUGGCAAUGUGAACACUCUACAAGAGACUGUAGGCCAAUUUCCCAUUCACUUUAGUCAAACUAUUUCAGCUUUAAGUAACUCAUUAACCAGUAGAGUUUAUUUUGUUAGUGCUAACCAAUAUUAUUGCAGGUUAGAGACUGUCUUAAACAUUGUUCCUCCCAUCCCUGUGUCAAGAAUUAAAUCACUUUUGGCAAGAGAGCAACCUCCAAUCUUUGUCUUGAACCUCUUAAAAUGCCCUAAUUCUGCACUUUCGUACUGCUGGGCUAAGCAAAUUGAUGCAGUUUUCCUUUAACUGUUUAUUGCAGUGGGGAGGGAGAAGAGAGAGAACAUUUGUACUUCUAGAGGCAAUUGGAACAUUUGAACCAAAUACUCUGAGAUUAGUAAAUAUUAUGAAUAGGAAAAUUUACCCAUUUGGAAAUGUGACUUAGGUGUCUGAGUACUGUUCUGUCUCCAGCCAUGUUCUUCCCCGCCCUUCCGUCCCCAGGCUGACGUCAAUAUGGUAGGAUUAAAUAGCCUAAAUUCUCAUGGGCUGGAGACCCAAACAGUUCAUGCUGUGUAUAUUUUCAGGAUAAAUGGCAAACACGGCAUGAUACUAAACUAAUCAGGAAUGUAUGGACAAUUCUAGGAUCAAGCAGUACAAAUUCUAUAGCCUUAUGCAAGACAUGCUGUCUUGCUGUAUUGUAUCUGGACUGGAGUUUUGCUAAUGUCUAGUUUUUAAAGGGCUAAGAAAGUCAGCCAGUCAUUUUGGUAUAUUUUAUACUGUGUUAACAGAUCUGCCACAGGCACUCUGAAUGAAGAGUCACCUUUUUGACUAGCCGAAAUGGGCUGUAAAUUCACCAGCUUGGACAACCACAAGAAAUACAAAUCCAUGUGUUUUGAAUGUCAUUAGUGCUCUGAGGAAAUUGCUAGAUGUACCAGACUCUAAAAUAGCCCUUCUAAAAAUCUGAAGUAGAACUCUCUGUACAGCUCUAGUCAGUUGUUUUCUGUCAAGUGAAAAGCUUAAAUAUUUUUAAUGAAACCUAAUACUCCAGAGUAGGAGGAUUUGGGCUGGUUUUUGAUUAAACCCUAAGAAUCAAAACCUACAGUCCUCGCAGGCGGGAGUCCCAGUGACGUUAGCAGGAGGUUGGCUUAAGUGAGGCUGGCAUAUUAUUUGGACCUUGAGUCUCUUAAAAUGCUCUUACUCUGCACUUUCAUAGUGGACCUUUAGCAUAUUAUUGCACUACACUACAUAAGAGAAUGUGAGGUGGGAGCCCCUGAUCUUUUUAUUUGGAAUUUUUCCAUCCUGUAGCUCCAAAGCAUUAAAUCAAUGGAGCUGAGGCACCACUGGAAUAAAAAACUACCAAGGAAUGUUCUGAAGUGUUGUUGAGCUCCAUAAGUACCAUAUAGACGACAAAUAAGAGUAAACAGGGUUUUGUUUGCCCAGUUACUGUUUUGACUAUUGAAGCAGCAGUAAUUUUAAUCAUGUACUGAAGCUUGACAACUAGAAUGGAAGUUCUUUUAGUAUGAGAAAGCACCAUGGUUAACCUGAGCCUGGAAAGCUUUGCUGCUCAGGUCAGUCUGUUAAUCAAUUGGUUAUUCUUGUUUGGUCUGAUAGCUUUUUUCCAUUGUGCUGCACAACCACCACCUCUGGAGAACUGAAAUUUGCCAUAUCCAUCAUCCUCCAGAUAAAUAUAGAGACAGACGUCAAAUACAAGCGUGUAAGAAAUCUGUUUAGGUUGGAAAACUUAACAAGAGCUUAUUACACCUUGAAAUGGUAACAUUAAAGACAUUCUCCGUGAUCAAUUAUAUUGUAUUAGCAGGGCGGUGAUGUGCCUUAAAGACCACAGUGUAUGUAAAAUUCCAUUCAAAGUCGUUGCAAUUCCCCCCAGCCACCACAGGAUGUCUUCCAAGUCUGUCCAAUCUCUUGCAUAUGUCACAUCAUUGAUAGAAGCCAUUAUUAGAAAUGUAUAAGAUUGAGCAGGCUUGGCUCAUCUAAACUCUGAGAAUGGGUUCACUUUCUUCUCAUUGGAUUUACUCAACCUUGAGGCAAAGCUUGACUGAGGCAAAGCCACAUAAACCAACCUGGGUUUGCAUAGUCCCUGUUCAGAACCAUAAGUCGGGUCACCUUGCUCACCAUUGCAAACCUGGCUUUGAAACGAAAGUAGGGGAGCCUCUCAAAUUUUGCAUAGGUUGAAGUGUGAUGUGACCUGAAUCAUGCUAUUAUCCACAGCCCUCCAUUUGCAGAAAGGAUGUGAUGGGCUUUUCUAAAAAGAGGGAUAAAUUUAGUUUGACUUGCAAGGGGAGAUAACGCAUUAAAUUUCCAAAAUAUCUUCUUGUAUCAGCAUUCAGUUCUGAAACUUCUAAGGCCACAACUGGAUCCAAGUAGCUACAGCCUUAUGUCCACACGUGCAAGUGCUUAUAAAUCCCCUUUGACAUUGCUUUCAGCCAGUCACUGUAAUAUUUUGCUUUCCAGCUGAGUUUGUUUUGUCACCUACUUUUUCAAGUCUAAAAUCUUCCUGAUAAAAAUAGAUGUAGGGUAAAACUUUCCAAAGUGCUUAAGUCCCAGCAACAGUCAAUGGGACUUCAAAGUUCCUAAACGCAUGGAACAAAGGUACUUGUGAGAAUUCUACUAGUGCUACAGGGACAGCUGCCAGAAAUGGUGAGUUUAACUGUACUUGGCAGGGCUGGCUAUUUCCUAUGGACCCACCUUAUAACAAAUGGUCCUCAUGGCCUCCACAGAGUUGUGACUCAAAAGCAUUGAGAAUUGGGUUCUCUGCAAUCACAGCCCAGAGUUAUCUGGUGCUACCCCACUUUGUAUUAUUAAAUGUGACUGAACCAAACUGUGUAGAAAUCGUGUGUGUUGAAAGUAAGUAGACUAGAACCCAUGUAGAGAAACGGCUAAAUGAAUAAGUUGCCUGUACACCAAACCUUAAAUGAAAAAACAGUAUUUUACAUCAGAAUGUAACUGUACAGACGCUUGGCUGGGAUAAUGUGAGACUGGAAGCAGGUUACAGUGUUCAACAUUCUCUAUGUACAUAUAUAAAUAUAUUCUCAGACUAAUUUUAACCAAUUAACACUUGUUGCAUGGUUUUUUUGCCUCAUUGAUCAUCAGCAUUGAGUGACAGAUGAUCAACUGAAAAUCAUGCUAGCACUGCAGCGGAGCCCCUUGAACAAAGAGCGGUGAGAACACCUUUGUGCACCAAAAAUAAGACUAAUGUUACUUACUGCAACAUGAAGAAAAUGUUGAACCCUGCACCCAAUAAACAAAGACCUCUUCAAUGACCAUAUGUUUUGUUAACCGUAUUUUCUUUGUAUUGUAUCCUAUAUGUUUGAGGGUAGUAUGAAUUUAUAUUUCCAGAACAUUACAAGUCUUUAUAUUAAGCAGCAAAUUAGAAAUUGGUUGGGAUGAUAAUGUGAAACAUGUACGACGGUCCACCAAAUAGGCAAUUAUCUGAAGAUGAGUAUCCCAUUGACUGUUUACUUUCAUUUGACCUUGAGUAAAAGAGAUUCAUCUUGUGUGACUAA